ACCCAAUCGCUGAAACAAACGCAUACUCUUCACUCCCUCGAUCGCCACCAUGGAUUUUCUCCUUCUGGAGAAGACCCUCCUCGGUCUCUUCGUUGCCGUCGUCCUCGCCACCGUCAUCUCCAAGCUCAGAGGAAAGCGCUUCAAGCUCCCUCCCGGCCCCCUUCCAGUUCCCAUCUUCGGAAACUGGCUUCAAGUCGGCGAUGACCUCAACCACCGCAACCUCACCGACUUGGCCAAGAAAUUUGGCGACAUCUUCCUCCUCCGGAUGGGUCAGCGCAACCUCGUCGUCGUCUCCUCGCCGGAGCUCGCCAAGGAGGUGCUCCACACACAAGGCGUUGAGUUCGGCUCCCGAACCCGCAACGUAGUGUUCGACAUAUUCACCGGAAAAGGUCAAGACAUGGUGUUUACCGUCUACGGCGAGCACUGGCGGAAGAUGCGGCGGAUCAUGACGGUGCCGUUCUUCACCAACAAGGUGGUUCAGCAAUACCGGCAAGGCUGGGAGAACGAGGUGGAUCAGGUGGUGGAAGAUGUGAAGAAGAAUCCAGAAUCGGCGACGAAAGGAAUCGUCCUAAGGAAGAGAUUGCAACUGAUGAUGUACAAUAAUAUGUACAGAAUCAUGUUCGAUACAAGAUUCGAGAGCGAGAACGAUCCGAAGUUCCAGAAACUCAGAGCUCUGAACGGAGAAAGAAGUCGAUUGGCUCAGAGCUUCGAUUACAACUAUGGCGAUUUCAUUCCCAUUUUGAGACCUUUCCUUAGAGGUUACCUUAAGAUCUGUAAGGAAGUCAAAGACACAAGGUUGAAGCUCUUCAAGGACUAUUUCGUCGACCAGAGAAAGAAGCUGGAAAGUACGAAGAGUACGGGAAACAAUGGACUUAAAUGCGCCGUUGAUCACAUUUUGGAUGCUCAGAAGAAGGGAGAGAUCAACGAAGACAAUGUGCUGUACAUUGUUGAGAAUAUCAACGUUGCUGCAAUUGAGACAACUCUGUGGUCAAUCGAGUGGGGUAUUGCCGAGCUAGUGAACCACCCACAGGUUCAGAAGAAGCUCCGGAACGAGAUCGACACCGUUCUCGGAGUCGGGAACCCGGUUACUGAACCCGAUACCCACAAGCUCCCAUACCUCCAGGCCGUGAUCAAAGAGACUCUCCGUCUCCGAAUGGCGAUCCCACUGCUUGUCCCACACAUGAACCUUCACGACGCCAAGCUCGGUGGUUACGACAUCCCGGCGGAGAGCAAGAUCCUGGUGAACGCAUGGUGGCUGGCCAACAACCCGGCCCAAUGGAAGAACCCAGAACAAUUCCGACCCGAGAGGUUCUUGGAGGAGGAGGCCAAAGUGGAAGCUAACGGAAACGACUUCAGGUACUUGCCAUUCGGAGUCGGAAGAAGAAGCUGUCCCGGAAUAAUACUGGCGUUGCCUAUCCUGGGUAUCACUUUGGGGCGUUUGGUUCAGAACUUUGAGCUUUUGCCUCCUCCUGGUCAAUCCAAGAUUGAUACUACUGAGAAAGGUGGACAGUUCAGUUUGCACAUACUUAAGCAUUCCACCAUUGUUGCCAAGCCAAGAAGCCACUAGAGAGUUCUGUAUUAGGUCUCAAGGGAACUAAAAGCGUCGUGAGAGACAGAUCCAUGUAGGGCCUCCAUCAAUUGCAAUCGGUCAAUUCUAUUUUGCAGGUCUCCGAUUUGUAACACGUGAUGAUGAUAAUUUUGAAAUAAUUAAUUUCCAAUAUUUUA